CAAACAAGGAAGAUGGGGUGAUUCGUUUGGGCAUUUGCUUUGACAGUUUCGAUCGAAAAGCUGAGGAGAUUUGUGGUGAGAUUCAUUUGGGCUUUACUCUGGGAGUCCCGAUCGGAAAGCUGAGGAGAUUUGCGGUGAGAUUCAUUUGGGCAUUGCUCUGGGAGUCCCGAUCGGCAAAUGGAAAAGAUGUGGGGCGAACUUAGCUGUCUGCAUUGGGGGUUACCAUAUUAACUAUGGACUGGGUCACCACUGAUCGGUUAAAAAUCUCUGGGCCAAUAACUGGUCCGGCAACUGAAGAUCGGCCUUAUUGAGCUAGUUUUUUCAACUUCUUCCUCUGGGUGCAAAUGAGAAGAAGGCUACCCCCGUCGUGGUUGUGGAUGAGCACUCCUCGUCCAAUCCCCUGGUCGUGGCGGCGACGACCCCCUCCAAGCCUUCCGCGGAACAUAUGGGUGAGGUGGCCUUGCCCCGGGAGAAUAUACAGUUCUCCCUCAUAAAGGGGACUGCCAUCGUGCACGGCACGGUGGACCCGAAGGAGUUCCUGAGGGGUGCCACCCCUUCGUUGGAUAAGGCAGCCCUCAGCCGGCUUGAGGAUGACACCCUUGACUCCAAGAUCCUCCGAGCUUCUCUCACUGCUUGCAUCGGCCUCGGCGAGCAGAUCUGUAGGGUGGAGGAAUUGCGUCUCCAGAAGGCGGAACAGGACGAGACCUUGAAGAGGCUUGUCAAAGAUAAUGCCGCCGCUGUGAGGGAUAUGGCUAGGCUGGAAGAGACCCUCCGGCAAACGGAGCAGAAGCUGGAGGCUGCCAGAGUAGAGGCCAGGGCCGAGGCUGAAAAGACUGCUGCCGAGGUUGCCAAGAAAGCUGCCGAGGAAGCCGAAGCGGCCAAGGAAGAGGCUGUCGCUAAGGCUCGGGAGUGUAACACCCCCAUUUUUCAUGCCCAAAAAUACAUUUAAAUAAUGAUUUAUUUAAAGGAAUUAUCAACUUUAAAUAAAUAAAUGUUUAUUUAAGGAUUUAUUUAAAGGAUUUAUUUAAAGGAAUUAUUUAAAACUAAUGUCAUAAUAAAAAAUGU